AUGCGCGGCGAAGCUUCCUGCGAAAAUUCUAUGCACGCAGGCGGCAGGCGGCAGGCGGCAGGCAUGCACACCUACCGCUUGCCCUGCCCUUUCCAUGAAGAAUCGAAUCUAUUGAGGCAGGAAAGAGCGAUACCAGAAUCUGUACCUGCCUAUCCAUCUGACGUGUCUUCCCUCAGUCUGCAAUCCUUCAACUCGUACAAUAGAAGCCCGAACGGUAUGGAGUAUUUUGGGAAGCUCGAAAGGUACGUGGCUUGCGUGGUUCUCAAAACUGCCCACGCCGUCCGCGUUCUAAUUACGGUGCGAAUCCUCUUUUGCAAACAGCAGACUGCAGAGACAUCUCCAUCCAACAACUGCCCACCCACCACGCCACCAAUCUAUAGCAAUCUGCAGCCAAACGCCCUGUCAACCUACCGCCCGCCUCAACCUUGCUCGCAAGCUGAGAAUAUGAAAACAGGCUUGGGCUGUCUGCACCGGCAUGGACGUGGAAGCAUCGCGGAAGAGGAAGAAGCCAUUGUGGCAAAAUGUUUGCUUCUGGAAGCCUUCCCCCUUUGUCCUAGCAACUUUCCAAUCUCCGGUGAUGUUUAUGGCUGGUCCCAACUGGCAAAACUGGCAACCAUGAAUUGGAUCCCGAUCCUUCUUCUGCCCCAAAAUCUACGUCCGUGGGAGCGCCAACAAACGCACGCGGCACCUCAUGCUUCCUGGCCCUUACCAUGGUGGAACCACAGGAACUUCUUCUGCUUGGUCGGCGGCUGCGGGUGGAACACAGCACUGAAGUCUGACACUAACGCGCCCACGGCGACGCAGCGGCAGCACCCAACGAACGACAUCCGACAUGGGUUAUCUUGUUCAAACCUCGCUGGAGACCCAGAAGACCAUGGAGACCUAGGCCAGCCCACGACUUCCAAGUCACGUAUGGAUACGGAGUAUUCGCUUUCCCAAUCCCGGAUGCUUGUACGGAGGCACGGAGGCUGGAGCAGUCAGCCAAUCGAGCCCGUGCCGGGAACUUGCCUCUUUGUCACUUACAACACCGCAGCCACGAAACCACCUGAUCCCGGACCAUGCCGGCCACAUGCACCUGGGUCCUUCUCCCUGGGUUUUAACCACCUGAAGCAUGGCAUAAGACAAUAUAGUCAGCCCAGUUCUACGCUCCAGCAGCGUGUUGCAUUGCGGUGUACGAAUACAACAGAUGAAUGGCCCACGGUACGAUGCAGGGACCCAACGAUGCGAAAAAUCUCCGUAGCGCCGACGGCGUCGCCGGGACCCCGAAUCGCACCGCAAAGACGGUGCCUACGAAUACUUGUCGUGUCUAUCCCACACAUUCCCGAGCCCGACAUCCGCUCCAACGAAGACGCCCGGCCUCAACUGCCCCAAUUCCCCAGCCUUCGCAGCUUGGUAGAACGGUGGGAAGACCGAAGGACGACGGGAGGCUACAUGCCCAGGCGAACCCGGCCGGCCGACCCAACAAAUAGGUUACCGUCUCCGAGUCGCGCCGCGCCGCCGAUUCAAGUAUCGCAAUGGCGUUGGGCGCUACACGGUCAACAUCCGUUGUUGGGAGGAAACCCGAUAGCUCCCAAACCCUUGGGUGCAAUCUCGACAUACAUACUCACUGCGGAUACAAAUUUUGCCCACAAUCUCACGGCCGCAUUGACAUCAAAUCUAGAAACACCACCAGCCCGGCCAUCAGGACUGGAUCUUGAGAGUCUGAGCAGUCUUCGGCUAUCGCCUUCUGCGGUUUGCGAUCUCAUGGCCAACAUGUGGAUGCCCAUACUUCGUUCUUGCUACCUGAAGCUGCCACCUACACAGAGGGACAUGACUCUUGACGGCCCGCUCACGUUCCAUGCCCAAGUACAGACUACAGACACGCAGAAUACAUACAACUGUACGGAUACUGGACCCUGCUCUCGUGCCCGGGCUCCGCCGCCCGUCCCUGAUACCGCGGAAGAGCAAGACAGGAUGAGAAUACAGAUACUCGGUAACUUGACUCUCCGCGCCGCCAAUUUCAGUCUCAUUGCUCUGUUUUGGCGGGCCAAAGGCGGGCAGAAAAUAUUGCCAGAAAGCAUGGAGUCUAUGCGCGCAAAACGGCGUGGGGUUUCCGCUCACCCAGAAUUGUCUCGUAAGAAGAAACGGGUGCUACCCGAGUAUACAGAUUUCUCAACGAACCCCCUUUCUCACGAAACCUCGACCCCUUCAAAACCCAUUUUGAGUCCACGCGAGGAGCAAAGCGGAAGGGAGAUGGGGCUGGCUGAGAAGAGAAACCCUCAAAACCCCUGGGUCGAUCGUGGGAGCUGGACCCUGGCGUUUUACGGAGUCGUGGGACGUGGAACACACAUGCGUUUGACCGCCGGAAACACCUUUGCCCCUUCCAAGGACCAGAAAAAAAAAGAGAAGAGAGUCCGUCGAGCCCCCAACGACAACGCGUCGAAGUGGGAAAGGCUCCCCUGGUCCCCAUACCAGUGGCUUCUCUGGGAGAAUCUCGUUCACACUCCCGGCCUUUGCAUCCCCGCUACGCUACAGAAAAGCCAAGGAAACCAAGCAUCCCACAAGUCCGGCGCGGAAGGGAUUCUCGCCGGCGUCCCGCACCUGAAACUUGGACUUGUUCAACUUUUUGGCUCGUCUCUACAGGUUGUUCUUGUACGCGGCCGGCACCGGACCCGAGCCAUUGGGGGUGGCAUUCACUUUGACGAGACAAAAAUGAUUCAGGCAGGCAGACAGGCAGCUGUCACGAUAUCCAUCCCAUCGCCUUCGGCAACGCAUAGUUGCCUGGACCCGAUCUUGAACACCCAUGUGAUGAUCGAAAUUUUGGUUGAAGCAAAGUCCAGCCGGCUAGGCACUUCGGCCAAGUCAAGGGGACGGAGGCUUACACAUGUCGUUGAUGCGGAUGAACUCGUCGCAGGGCGCCUGCGAAGGGAUUCAUAG